CGCACACUCAAGCGCUACGUCAUUACGCAUUUCCUGUUCUUUCCAAGCGCCUCUUCGUCGUUCUCCGUCGCACUGUGUUGUGGAUGUUUUGAUGAAAAAAAGGGUGUCUGAUACGGACGUUAACGCCUUUUAAACAUGACAUUUCCACCGAGUGGGACCUAAAGCGGGACAGCGGAGUAGAUUGGACCUUACACAGUGGCGAUUACGAUUUAAGUUUGCUCGAUAUUUCUACGCAUGUCCGCUUUUUUCAUAGAUGGUCUCCGGCGAGCGGUGUGUGGCGGCGGACGACGAGUUCUCGACGAGUAACAUGAAGGAGAUGAUUGGAGGUUGCUGUGUAUGCUCUGACGAGAGAGGCUGGGCGGAAAAUCCGCUGGUGUACUGUGAUGGACACGGUUGCAACGUCGCCGUGCAUCAAGCUUGCUAUGGCAUCGUGCAGGUGCCCACUGGUCCUUGGUUCUGCCGAAAGUGUGAGUCUCAGGAGAGAGCAGCCCGUGUGGUGAGUCACACCAUCUAUAGAUGUGAGUUGUGUCCGCACAAAGAUGGAGCGCUCAAAAGGACAGACAACGGAGGUUGGGCCCAUGUGGUUUGUGCCCUAUACAUACCAGAGGUGGAGUUUGCAAAUGUCUCCACUAUGGAGCCCAUAGUUCUGCAGUCUGUGCCGCAUGAGCGCUACAACAAGACGUGUUACAUCUGUGAAGACCAAGGCAGAGAAAGCAAAGCAGCCACUGGAGCCUGUAUGACCUGCAAUAAACAUGGCUGCAGGCAGGCCUUCCAUGUGACAUGCGCUCAGUUUGCUGGGUUGUUAUGUGAAGAACAAGGAUCGGACGCAGACAACGUCAAGUACUGUGGAUACUGCAAAUACCACCAUAGCAAAUUGCGAAGGAGCAGGGGCCGAGGUAGUAGGUCUCAAAGCUUAAGUGACUCCUCUCAGUGUAUGGAUAGACCCACAGACCAGGACAAGAAGAAACACAAAGAACGAGACAGGCACAAACCAAGACACAAGAAGGGCAUGGACAUGUCUCCAUCCCUCGUCCUUCCAAACAUCAUGGUCCCAGACAAGACGUUCAACAACUGCAGUUCAGGUGGAGGUGUUACGUCUCUGCCUUCAUCCUCACAGAAGCGACUUGACGAUGGCACCGCUCGCUUCACCACCGCCAACUUUCAGGAAGUUUCCUCUGUUCACUCCGUUGUUGGCUCCAAAGAGAGCUUGGCUAUUGACGCUGGGAAGGUGGCUGCAGACGUGAAAAACAAGAAGAACAGCAGCGUGGUAGGACAGAGGGGAAGCCGAAAGUCUCUGGCCUCCUCAGGGAAACCCCUUCCCUCUCCCGUAGUCACCAUGGCAACCUCCUCCACAUCUGCCUCUGCCUCCACUGGGCCUUUCCACCAAGGUCUCCUGUUGUCCAGUGCCAGUAAGAUGCCAUCUGCCACAUCAUCUUCAGACUUCAUAAGUUUCUCAGAUCCUUCAUUACGUCCUGGCAGUGGAACCACCUUCUCCUCCCCACCAACUUUCAGCAGCACCCUUGUGAAGCCGAGCUCAGAGAGCGUAGCUUCAGAGGGAACAACAACCGUUUUUGGUUCUCUUAUGUCUGCAAGUGCAGCUUCUGCGGUGGGUGGGAAACUAUACGAGAAUUCCCACAGUCACUCAGCCACAGAGUCGACAAGCCUCGGUGGCUCCGCUGGAUACAAGCGACCUCAGCCCACCAGCUCAGGGCCAGGCAUCGGCGGAGCAGUGGCAGGAGGCGUGGAGGACGGAGUGAAGAAAAAAAAGAAGGGCAACUGGCGAAACAGAUUUGGACCCUGUUUCAGCACAGACAUGAAGCCCACAGAGUCAGCGCCCUCCCUGACCCUACCUACCUCUUCUACAGCCAUCACCACCUCCAUCUCCUCACCCUCCACCUCCUCCGCCUCCUCUUCUUCAACCUCUGCACUUUCGGGCAGGCCGGGCUUAGUUUCAAGUAGUGGAUUAGGAGCCGGAGUUGGGGUGGGUGGAGGAGUAGUAGGAGAGCGGGGACUGGGACUCAUGGGUGUCAGCGGUGCCAUUCAGAAGUCACCGUCGCUGCUCAGGAACGGGAGUCUGCAAGGCAACAGCAGCUCCACCACCUCGGGUCCAGGUGUUUUCUCCGCUGUCGAUGGCUCGUCAUCGGGACCAGGGUCAGCCAUGGUGGGCGGGGCCAACUCUGAGAUGACACAGCAGCAGCAACAGCAGCAAACCACACCCUCUCUAGCCCCGCCCUCUCCAUUUACUGCCACGGCUCCGCUGACCAGCACCGCCUCCUCACAUGUGAGCGGUCUCCCAGGCUCCGUUUUCAACCUCGCGCCCUCCCACAUGUUUGGUAACAGACUGAACCCCAACUCGGCCAUGGCUGCGCUCAUCGCCCAGUCCGAGGCUUCACCAGCCGAUCAGGAGGUCAGAGAUGGCAACGGCAGUGUCGGAGCUCAGAGUUUCCCCGUAAGAGCUUCCCCCAAGACCACCCCACGAUCGCCCAUUGGUGGCCUACAGAUCCGCUAUGACUCUUCGGGGUCGUUGCCGGGGCCGGGUCUGGGGUUGCUAGGGGCUGGGGGAGCCAGCGGCGGCAGUGGUGCAGGAGGAGGAGGCGGAGGCGAGACGCUGCUCCCCGUGGCCACCAGCAUUGAGCAGCUCUUAGAGCGGCAGUGGAAUGAAGGCCAGAGCUUCCUGCUGCAGCAGGGAGGACAGGGAGACGUGGUGGGGAUGUUGAAGUCCCUCCACCAGCUGCAGGAGGAGAACAGGAGGUUGGAGGACCAGAUCAAAUCUCUGAGUAUGAAAAAAGAGCGACUGCAGCUCCUCAGUGCUCAGCUGUCAGUGCCCUUCACCCCCUCCACCGCCUCCUCUGAUGUGAAAGGAGCCACAGACUCAUCAUUACCUGUUGCAGCUCAGGACACUACGUCAUGUGGGGGCCACAGCAGCAGUGGCUCCACCUCCUCUCUCUCCACCCCUCCCUCCGUCUCCCAGAGCCCUCCGCAGCCACAGCUCAACGGUGUUCCAUCAGUGGGGACGGCCCCUGGAGGGUUAGGCGGGGUGGCGGGGCUGAUGGGUGCACUGGGCACAGGCAGUGCGUUGGGCAUGGGGGGAAUCGUCGGGACGCUGAACGGUGUUAUACAGGCGCCAUCUGCUGCUGUCGGCAGCCCUCACACUACAGGAGUUGCUACAGUCAGUAACAGCUCAGCCACCAGUAAAAACAGUGUUGCACGGCUCGGCCUCCUGUCUGAGCAGCAGCGCCUCCUCCUCCAGCAGCAUCAGCUGCAGCAGCUGCUGUCCUCGCAGCCAUCAGCGGAGCAGCAGCAGGUGCUGCUGUACCAGCUGAUGCAGCAGCAUCAGGACCUCCAGCAGCUGCAGUCUCUUUCCUCCUCUGUUCAGAUUUCCUCCAUCCCUCUUUCCUCCUCCCAGCUCCCUAUCAACAACCUGCUGCCCACCGCCCAGAACCAGAAUCAGGGAACCAUCACAGCCAAUCCUUUCCUGGCUCUGCAGCACGCACACGCUGACACCCCUGGGUCACAGAAGCCACGGCUGGCUGAGAAGACGAUGGGCAUCAAAGGACAGGAGAAGACAUGAUGGCUGACGCUGCUUUUUUUGUUUGUGUUUUUUUUUUAAUAAAUAUGCAGAUUUUUGGGGAGAUCAACUUGUUGGUCAACUUUGUUAUCCAGCAGCAGCAGAAUGAUCCGUCUCCAACUCAUCAGUGACACCAAAAGACAAAAACUGAACAUUUUUGGGUCACUUGUCAUGUGGAAUCACAGUCUACUUAAUUUUACAGCUCUUUCAGGUCACAUUUUUACAUUUUAGUGUGAAUUUAUUUAUUUCCAUUCAGUUUUAGACUUUUUGUAGCGCUGCUUCAGGUUGUUGUUUUUUUUUUUUUUUUUUUGUUUGUUUGUUUUUUCACUGCUGAAACAACAAGUUCCAUAUGAACACAUUUAAAUUUCUUUAUGGUCAUUUUGUGAGUUCUUUCACUCUUUAAUCUUUCUUCAUCUUAUUUCUUUUUUUCUUUUCUCUACAUCUCAUUGUAUACAUACAUACAUGUUUACACAACCUGUUAGAAUGCAAGUUCUCUAUUAAGAUUAAUAUGUGUUUAAAACUAAAUUAGGAUGACAAACUAAAAUGUUAUUAUUGAGUGGACCAGAAAUCCUGCUACAACAGCUGGACUUGAUCCGUGGUUAGUCUGAGACACUGGGAGACAUCCAGUUCUGUGUGAUGUCACUGCUGCACCUUAUCUGUACUGCUAUCAAUGAUUCUAUUGAUUCUUUAAAUAUCUGCUCCUGAUCAUAGUGGGGGGGGGGGAGUUGUUUUUCUAACAUUGCAGACAUUGUCUUUUGCUGUGGACUGAGGCUCUCAGUUAAACUGGCAGGAUUGUCCUGUAUGUGAUUAACUUUAGACACAGGCAUUUCUCCACCAAAGAGAUUUGGACUUUUAGAUAUGACUAAAUUUGAAUGCCACUGCAUCUUUAACUUAGAAACAGCAACUCUAACAGUGUUGUAUAAAUAUUUUACAUCAUUUCAUCACUGAACUUUUCAUUUGUCUUUCUCAUUUUUCUACCUUAUUUUCACGUGUUUUUUAUUCUCCUGUUUUCUUAUUUAUCUUUUUACUUCAUC